AUGUCUUCCAAGGUCAAGGCUGGUCAGCUCUGGGGAAAGAACAAGGAUGAUCUCACCAAGCAGCUGGAGGAGCUGAAGCAGGAGCUCAGCCAGCUCCGCGUCCAGAAGAUCACUGGCGGUGCCUCGUCGAAGACCCAGAGAAUCCACGACGUCCGCAAGUCGAUUGCUCGUGUCCACACCGUCAUCAACGCCAACCAGCGCGCUCAGCUCCGCUUGUUCUACAAGAACAAGAAGUACAUCCCUCUCGAUCUCCGCCCCAAGCUUACCCGUGCUCUCCGUCGCCGCCUUACCAAGAACGAGGCUUCCCUCAAGACUGAGAGACAGAAGAAGCGCGAGGUCCACUUCCCUCAGCGCAAGUUCGCUGUUAAGGCUUAA